GUGCCUCCCUGGGAGAAGGGGCUGAGCACAUCCCGUUCUGGGAGCAGCUGGGACAGGCUCUCCUGGGGACUCAUUUGUCCCCUUUGGGUGGGGGGCACCCUGCAGGUCUGCCCUCCAGGGUAGGUAACUUUCCUAAGCGAUGCAGACACCAGGCCCCACUUCUAACAUGCCUUCCACAGUGUGUUGCUGAGGGUAACUGUGAGGCCCCUCGGGUGUGUGCUGAAGGGAAAUGUUACCAGGACGCGAUUUUCUCACUUGCAUGUGGAUGAGUUUUUGCUGAUUUAUAAUCAGCAGUUUAGCUCUGAAGCGCGUAGAACCGCGCAUAUCUCUGGGUUGAAAGAUGCGUGACCUGGGGGGCUCAGCGUGUUCUCACUGCGAAUGCUGUGUGAGGACCAAGGCCUUGCUCGGGCUCUGGACCCUGAGUGUGUGUCCAUCUGGAAACCAGCGGAUUCUCUUAGAAGGGUGCAGACAUGUGGCCAGAGGCUGUGGGUUGCCGGGAGGCCGUGGGCCGGGGAGAGGAGAUGCUGGUUGUUCUGUACAGGGUGGGGAAGAGUCGCGGGCGGCUGCUCCCCCAUGUUCAUGCGAGAAGAUGGCCCCUGGCUGACGUGGAUGAGGGGGCCCGUGGUGGGGCUCAGGCACGACCCAUGGCUCAGCCCUCCCCGGGUGGCCCGGGUUGGGGAGCGCUUGCCUUGACAUUGCUCCUGAGGCACACGCACCUUUGCCUGGAGAGCGCAGGCCCUGCUGGGUCCACCGCUGAUGUGCUGGGAGCCCAAGGACGCCACCAGCCCAGAGUGGGCAGCAGACCACCCGUGUGGCCUGGGUCCCCCUCAUAGACUGUGGGUGGGAGACGCCUCCUCUUCUUCUCAGCCCGAGGAGGGCCAGGCCUGAGAAGCCAUGUGGGGAGGCUCACAGGGUCUUCACGGGGACUGAGACUCCUUCCGUCUCCUGGAGGAGGUGAGGGGGACCCUGCCUGUUACACUGAAGACGGGGUCCUGAAGCUUUGGAGACCUUGAAGACCGGCCAGUUCCUACACAGACAUAGAAGCCAGGGCCCUGGCAGAAACCGUGACUCGGCCACGGUCGUGGGGGUGGCUGGCACCCUUCUGUGCCCUGAGAUGGACAUGGCUUCUCCCCCACACCCCUCUGAGCUCACUGUCAGGUGAGGCCUUCUGCAGAGUCCUUGGAAAGUUCCAUUGCGUCUGGACCAUCCGGUGUGAAUGUCGUCUUCUCCUUUGGACGGGGGUCGUUUGCUCUGAAGUACUGAGACCACUUUCCUCCCCGGGAAAAAAACAGACCUUGGGUUUUCUGUAGCUGACACUUCUUCAGUUCCAGCUCAGGGCACGCUGGCUUCUGGAGGCUGCCCUUGGUCUGCGGUGCGGGCUGGAGGGAUGACCAGCUGGGCACCGCCACGCAGGGGUGUGGUGGCCCAGCUCUGGGAGAGCCUUUUUUGGCAAGCGGCCACGACUGCCCCCAGCAGAAGACCCCGUCAGCCCAGGAGAGCUGAGCGGCAGGAGGAGCCUGGGACAUGCCACACCUGGGACCUGCGGGGGCCGGUGUCUGUGUCGGGGGCCGGGGCUUAGGCCCACCUCCCCUCCUGCCGGCAGCCAGGUUCCCAGGAGGCAGCACCUACUGACCGCCGAGGAAGGCCGCCGUGGAGGGCUGCACAGGCCCUUGGCCUCUUCUGGCUGCCCGCCCCCACCCCCUGCAGCUGGGCCCUGCUCUGCCCACCAGACACCCCACCGCUACCUCAGCGGAGCGUAUCUUCCCGGGGCUGGUGGCUUAGUCCGAGACCCACUGGGUGGGAAGAGAGCCCGCAGCUGCCGGGCUCCAGGGGCAGGUUCACUGAAGAAGCAGUUGGAUAGGAGGUGGGGGAGGGAGGGGAGGGCUGGGAUCCUGGGGCCUCCCUCCCGCUCCCUCCCUCCUGUGCUCCGGGGAGCCAACUUCAAAAGCCGCCUCUGCCUGCCGCCAGCCGCCCUGCCGCAGCCUGUCCUGGGAAGCCCUGCUGGCCAGGCCGGGAGCAGGAGGCCCUGGAGCGGCAGCCGCACCCCCUACCUGAGGACCCAGGGUCAUGUGGAAGGCCCACCGCCGGGAGUGAGGGCGGGCCUCGCCCCGAGAGGCCCAUGGUGCAGGGGUACCCGGUUUCCCAUGGCUGUGAGAGCUGGUUGUGACGGAUCUGUUGGUGCCUCCCAAGCCUGCGCUCUGGGCAAUCCUGCUGGCUCUGCUGGGAAUGGCGCCAGGCCAGUCGGGGCUCCGCACCUGCAGCGUCCCUGACGUGCUCCGCCACUACCGCGCCGUCAUCUUUGAGGACUUGCAGGCAGCUGUGAGGCAGGCUGGGCCAGGGGCAGAGUGGCCGGGGCCAGGCUCCCCACACCUCCCUUUCAUUCACAAAAACCUGACUGGAGCUGCGCGCCCGGGAUGGCGGGGCCUGGGGGGGGCGGUCUGCAGUGCCCAGAAGGUACGGAGUCCACGCCCCCAGUCCUGCCCUCCGGGGGCCUCCCCACAGGGCUCUCCCCAGCCCCCACUUGCCUCCCUCCCUUCCCCAGGAGCACGGUAUCCUACUGUCUAUCGCGUCCCUGGGUCGGACCCUGCGCAGGGUGGUGGCCCGGGGCCGCCGCGGGGCCCUGGAGAAGGCAGCGUGGACCGUCGCCAUGCGCACCGAGGCGGUGAUGCGGCGCCACUGCGGGACGCUGAGCCAGCGGAGCCGGCGGCCCAAGACGCGCCCUCCCCGGAGUCGCCGCGGCCGGAGGCGGCUCCUCGUGCGCGCCCUGGACGCCGUCGCCACCUGCUGGGAGAAACUCUUCGCGCUGCGGGCGGCGGCCCCCGGGGGUCCCUAGCGCGCGUCCUGCGCGGGCCCAGGAGCAGCCGGCGGGGCUGCGGGGCCUGGGCUCGGGCUUCGUUUGCGGCCGAGCGCGGUCCCUCCCUCCGGUGGGCCCCGCGCGGGGUCCCGGCCCCUCCCGCGCCGCGGCCAGCGCUCCUCCGAGGGCCCGAGACCUGGAGAUGAUGCCCCCGGACGCCAGGCCAGGACUCAAUAAACUGCUGGUGCUGCGACCGGUCGUCUUCCUUCGCCCCCGCAUCUGCGGCCGC